AUGAAUGACGCGAGUAGGGGGUUAAAAAAGCAUCUACAAUGCGUGUCAGAAGUACACUGUAAACCGUAAAUGUAAAAAUGAGCAGCAAUUUAAUAUGCACCAAUAAAACGUUCCUACGUUCAUGUUUUGAAGUUAAUGUAGUGACCUACACUACUAAUGCCUGACAUAAUUUGCACGUGUGUAGCAAAUAUGGCGAAAGCAGACGACAAAUGUCAUUCAUUCCCUUGACUUUUAUAGGAUGACUCAUACGCUGGCUUGUGAACAAGAUAUCCUGAUAAAUGCGCUCGUUACGCAUUUUAGGUGUAAAAAUGUAACGAGUGUACUUUGCAUGCAACAGUGGAUAUGUUCAUUCACUAGUUUCCGAAGUGGGAGGAUUACAAAGACGCUUCUAUCAGUGCUGUGAUGUGUUCUGGUGCUACAAUGCUACAUCGUUCUUAAACUGAAAACGAGAUUCGCUUCUAAAUGUGCAACGAAACUUAUACUUGUAUUUAUAAAAUUUUAUACGGUUACUGUAAGAAAUUUGAUAAGUAGGGAUUGAAACAAAUUUUUAAUGGUUUCGUGUCGUAAACAUUGUGCUCCUUUAGAUACGCGUUACGACGUCUAAUGAUCGCAUACCACUUUCGUAAUAUUAGUUGACAGAUUCAGGGACCUCUGAAAAGAUAUCUGUAAACAUGAUUUUUUAUCGUCCAUUUGCUGUCUCAACCAAAAAUUAUUCCGCUGCACACAAUACAUGUAGGUGGCUGCAGAACACUACGGCGCAAAGCAGUUUUGCGAUGCCAACGCGUAUAACAUUUAAAGAUAAGCUUUGCGGAUCUGUAUGAUGAACGAGUUAUCUAGAAGCAAAAAUGUAUAAUACGAAAGAUAAUGUAUAGACCUAUUUCAAUAAAUUAUACCUAGUUUAGUUUUCCAAAAAUAAAUUGGAUUUCUGCUCAUCGUUCACGAACAAGGAAGACUGAUCACAGACGAAGUAGGUUAUUAACACUCGAGCUAUAAUAACUGCUUGUUGCUGGCAGUAUGAAUAUUCGUACAAGGCAAUAAAAACAAUUUUAAGGCGUUUAUGCAGUUAGUAAAGUGAUGCAGUGUCAGUUCCGAAAUGGCCUGAUAUGACUGAGCACGGUUCUACAAACUCCUCUCGUUCUUGAUAGAUGUUUCGUGAUGCUGUUCCACAUGAAUACAAGUUGGACUGUGUUGUGCAUGCUAUUGGCACUGCAGGUGCUAGCUGCAGGAUUUCUGUUGCUGGUAACAGCACCACCAGGUCCUGUGUCUGUCGCUUCCGGUCCAGGUACCACACAGUCCACAAUACAGUUUCUACCAGCAGCACAAGUCAGCAAAGAUAUUGGCUUAUUUUCCACAUCCCAGAAGAAGGUACAAAUCACACUUGGGAAACCACAGACAGCAAAUUUUGUGCUGCAGAAUAACUCUCUGUGCUUCUCCACCGGAACAGAACCAGUGCGCACAAUUACAUCUCCAACAAAUGGUUGUGUCUGCCGCAAAGGGUGGCAUGGACGUGACUGCGGCCAACCGGAGGUUGUAUGGCGAGCACUGGCGAGGCAUCGUCCGCCUCUGCCACCACCUACUCGUCGAAUGCAGCCCCGACGCCUCAUCUGUGUUAUAGAGGCCGGACCCAGUAUGGAACUAAUUGAAAUGGCAGCGCAGGAAGUUUCAUCAGUUGCUGAACUGAUAAUAUUACGUGGAGAACAUAAAUUAAGGUCAGGAUGGUGUCGCUCUUGGUGUUCUCGAACACUACAGGUUACAGCUGGAUUUGACUGGACACAACUGGUUGCAGAUUUGCAACCAGAUGACCUAAUAUCAAGUUGGGGGAAAAGCACAGGAUUUAUUCCAAAUGCAGGUGCAUUACUCUUUCUAAAAUUGUAUGAUGGGUUACCAACUCCAGUACUCUUUCGGGCCAGAUGGACUGUGUAUGGAUUCUUUUGGAUGCAUCCACGGCACACACUCUCUGCUACAGGGGCGUGGCUCUUCGCAAAUGGCAGAGAACAGCCUUUAAACAGAGGUGAGAAUUUUGUGGAGUUAGGAGACCUCAAUCAUUAUGGAGGUUGGGUUUGUGUGCCUUGCGGGACGCCAUCUGAAAUUGUAUCAACCUUACCACUUCUGACAAAUCAUGUGGGACAUGAGAAUCUGCAGUUACCACCCCAUGUGGACACACACACUGUAGAAGAUGCUAUGGGAGCAGGUGUUUGGUUAGAUGGUAAAACAGAACUGCUAAAAACCAGAAUGGGAGACCAUGAGUUUGCUCCGGCUUCUGCACUUACUGAGGUGCAGUUGUAUGAUUUACUGUUUAAGAACUAUUAUGAUCGUGUUGGUCUUGAUUACUAAUUGUUUUAUUUAUUUUUAGUAACAUUAAUUCUAUGGUACCAAAAAAGAAAAGAGGUUUUUGUAUGCAAAGUACUCAUAUCUAAAUUAGCAGCAUCAAAUCAGGAUGUGCUGCUUUAAAUUUCUGUUGUGAGAACUUAUCUUACAUGGAUGCUGUGUUCAGUAAUAUUACAUUACAGAAAAUCUUUUGCAUUUAAUGGUUGGCCAUCUGAGUAUUUGCAAAGUGAAAUGUGACACACACCCCUUAAAAAUAAUAAAACAAGACUGAUAUUAAGAACAUCUGUAGUUGCAGAAUUGCUAUUGUUCUACAUUUCAUUUACAACACUGUGAUUAAGAGUUUGACUAAACUCUGAAUGUCCAGAGUUCAGUUCCCACAAGAUGCUAAUAUUUUUAAUUUUUUAGAACUUUAUUGUGUGUUAAACACUACAUAUUACUAUAGUUCUAAAUCUUUUAACACAGUUGUUAAGCAGUGCAUUACCUAUUAAAUAUGCUGGUCAAUAAGGAUACUGAACACAGAAUACAUGUGCCAUUUUUUUGGAUUGAAGUAAUGUUUUUUCUUCAUUCUGAUUAUGUUAAUGUUACAUCCUACAUAUGUUCCUCCAUUUACUUUUACAAAAUUGUUUCCAGGUCUUCCCUUAUCAUUGACCGUGUGUGUGUGUGAGAGAGAGAGAGAGAGAGAGAGAGAGAGAGAGAGAGAGAGAGGAGUGGCAGCUCUCCUGCUGCGUGUAUAUAACAUUUAACUAUUUCUUUAAGAUCUGUUGCAGUUGAUGUACAAUGUAUUUAUUGAGCUUUAGAGAUGCUAUUCUUUUUCAGUGGUAGUGAGGAAAUUAUUAAAAUCUGAUUAUAUUGUUUAAAGCAGCUCAGUAUUUUAUUUUAAUUUCAGGACAGGAGGGAUGAAAUCUGAAAAAAUAAUAUAACUGAGAAAGAAAGGUUAUAAUACUUUGUUAUUGCUACUGACUUUUCAAUUAAUGGUGCCUAAUAAUAAUAAUUUGCUGUGAUAUGUAAUUUGCUCUCUUCCUGAAAAAUAUUAAUCACACUUACUACAUAUCAGUUUGUUAUAUGCUGAAGCUAUGUGAAUCUUAGGGCUGGUGCAUAAUGUGUUUGUUGGUGCUAUAGUAAGCUUUUACCGUAGAAAAAUUUCAUGUUAUAUGGUGGUUAUAUUACACCAGCCUACAAAUGUAAUGUAUAAGACUGAUUUUCCUAUCAAUUAUCAACUUAUCUAAAAAUGUUAUUUUCUCAAUGUUGUAAGUAACUAGCACAUCUGUUAUUCAUAUGAUAUAAAGAGCAAAGCACACUGAAAAUAUGUAAAAUUUUGUG